AUGGGAUGCUUCAGCAUCUCGAAAAAAGUCACUCCUCGCAGCACGCCACAGCUGCCCCCGUCUCCUCCCCCUUCUCCUCCACCCAACCCCUGGACGAGAUCUUCGGGCCGCAGGAGCCCACAACUGCCGGCGUGCUCUCCCCCCUCGCCACCACUUACUCCUCCUCUUACUCCCCCACAGCCCCCACAGCCCGCACGUCGUCAGGCGGGAGGCUCGUCCUCUCGCGCCCCAGUGCCUGCGGCUAGUCCGUGGGCCCGUGGGAACUGGCGAAGCGGUGCUAAGCCCCUGUCGGCACCUUCAACGUCAGUGCCCAGCUACGACUCGGUCGAGCUUGGACACGUCGUCAAGUUACCAAAGGUGACCGACACCAGUUCCAUCAUCCAUGUGGGGCUGGCACAGGGGGGUGAUCAAGAGCCCUGGGACCACCCAGCGGUGAUCACCGGCAAGUUCGAGAAAGGCGGCGAGCAGUACGUUCGCAUCCGGUUGACGACGUCCUUCGGUGGACGAACCGUGGAAGCCCGGAAGCCGUCUCACCAGAGGCGGUUCUUCAUCCUCGCCGACAACGCGGAGGACCAGACACCGCAUUCUGGUACCGUACUAGCGAGCAUGAAGGCCGGAUCCGCCAGGUUCGUGAAGAGAACCUACGUCAACCUCUCAAGGAACAGCGAGUACGUCAUCGAGUACAAGCACCUCACUACUUGGGCCAUCGGGCACAAGCAGAUGACUUUCGACGCUGUCUCGACGAAGAGGAUUAUCGCCUGCCAGGUGGAUUGA